GUGCGUCCUAUCUUCGGCUUCGGGCAUUCGGAAACCGCAAACAAAACGCCGCGUUCCCUAACCUGCGGAAAGAGGAAGUAUCGUGUCGAAGCAUCCCGUGUUUCCUCUUCAAGCGUAGCGUGUGCAGCGAACGACGGUUCCCACGAUGGAGGACGAGGACGUGGUGGAAAUCGGAAACGUGGAGAAUGUCUGCCGGCUAUGUCUGUCGGUGGACGAGCCGAGGUUCUCGGUGUUCGCGCAGGACCGAGAGGAAGACUCAUCCGGCGUGCCGUUGGCCGUCAAGAUACAGGCUUGCCUGUCGAUCCAGAUUUCAGCCACUGAUAGGUUGUCUACGCUGAUAUGCACGAAUUGUGUGAAGAAUGUUAAUCAAUGGCAUACCUACAAGGAGUCAUGUCAGCGUUCACAGGAUAAGCUACAAGAAUGGCUGGCAACUCAGUCGCAACCAAAUCCUACAGUUAUAACAAUCAAGGAUGAGCCAAUGGAUAUUGAUUAUGAGGACAAUAUAGAGAUUAUCUCAGAAAUUACCAAUAACUUGGAUCAACAAUAUUCAUCAGCUCAAACAAUGGAAAAUGAGGAGACUGAUAAUAAGGAAGUGCAAGAAAUAAUAGAUGAAACUGAUGCAGAAAUUGAUGCGAAAACUGAUGCGGAAACUGACGCAAGAACUGACGCGAAAGUUGAUGCACAUAAAGAGGAUGAUUCGGAAACAGUUCCAUCUGCCACUGAGAUGCAGCUUGACAAAGAUCAAGAUCAAAUGGGUCAGCAGGAUUCUACAGUUCUACGUUCUAUUAAAAUUGAACCACAGGAUGACGAUGAUACCGAUUGCACUAUCGAAGUAGAAUCCGCAAACGGCAGUGAAUUAUUAUUAAAUCCUAUGGCGGUUGCCGCGAAGGAAGAUACGGUUAUGGAGGCUGAUUCUACGCAAAAAUCUAAUGCGGCUAGCGUGCCGCCCAAAAAGAAACUUAGGCGCGGUCCUCAUACUCAUUUUAGAGGAACGCGUGUCUUUAAAAAGAAAUGCACGCAUUGUCAGAUUUUUUUGCAUUCCAAACAUUCAUACAUGAAUCACAUGAAGAGAUUCCACAGUAAGGAAAAUAACGGUAUCGACAACUUGGAGUCGAUAUCGCAGAAUGACGACGAAGAGAUGGUGGAAGAUUUAGAAGACGAGUUGGUUAGUAUGGAAAAGGACUCGCCACUAACGCAGGUCCAACAGGAGAUUAUCAGCCAAUUGAAAACAUUCUCCUGCUAUUCCUGUGAGCAGACAUUUAACGAUCGGCGUAGCACGCUUUCUCAUAUACGCCAACAUUUGCCGGACUUGAGACCGUAUACGUGCAUUGCUUGCUUGACUGAAUUCUCCGAUCGGUCCAUGUACCAAUUACAUUGCGGCGCAUCUUUUGAGUGCGCUAUGAAGAUUGCCCUCGUAGUGCCUAAGCAUGGUAACGAGCGGUACUUUACAUGUAACAUGUGCCUACGUUCAAUGCGUGACAGAAAAGAAUUGCUGAGUCACUUGUCGAAACAUUCUGACAAGCAGUACGAGGAAAUGAUGUCGCCGGCACGUGCGCCACCCAAACUGAAACCAAUGGCGCCGUUGCCAUCUGCAAGAAGCAGUUCUGAUAAAGCGCAGAAAGUCGUCAACGGACCUUAUAAGAACGGCGAUCCGGCGCACAAUCAUGCUUGCGAUCUAUGUGGUAUGAUUUACAGAUAUCGACCCAAUAUGUUUAAGCAUCGCGAAUUCUGCAUGCGGUUGCAGCCCGAGAAUAGAACGUCGUACAAGUGCGUGCAUUGUUCCAUGACGUUCCUCGUGUUUAAGAAGUUCCAUACUCACAUCACAGUUGAUCACAAAAAGAAAGAGUUUACUUGCAUCGUGUGCAAUUCAAAAUUCCGAUCGCCCAGCGAUUACUUGACUCAUCACGAGAACCAUCGCGCAGCGACACGCGGCAAUCGUCAGAUGCAGGAGGAUACGUCACAGAACGAAGUUCAGAUACCAUUGAAGGAACGGAACCGAGGAGACGCCAAGUUGGCCAAGUCGAGAAUUGGCGGUCAGAAAUACAGUUGUGCGCUUUGCACUCAAGAAUUCUCCACGAGAUCUGAGUUAACGGAGCACCGAAAUCUCCAUCUCAAAGUGAAGAUAUACUCAUGCGCCAUUUGCCGCAGCAUGUUUAGUAGCCCAGGAGCGUUAGAAAUCCACAUGAAAGAUCAUGGCAUCGAGGACCCGAAUGAACGAAACGCCAAUAUCUCUUGCGUAGAGUACGGUAGUUUAGAUGAGGACGUGAGAAUCGACGAGAAAGACUCGAUGAAUGCGAGUGCCAUCUCGGAUCCCGGUACGCAGAUUCACGAGUGCGGCGAAUGUGGUAAAGUGCUGUCAAAUUAUGCCAAUCUUCGCCGACAUACCAAGAUUGCGCAUCGGAACGCCAAGAUCUACGAUUGUGCCGAGUGCUCGCGGAUGUUUACGCGUAAGGAGCUGUAUGAUCACCAUAUGCAGAUCAAACAUAACUCAAAGACGAUGUUGCAAUGUCCUCAAUGUCCCAAGAGUUUUGUCUUCCAGUCGAACUUUACUUAUCAUUUUCGGACUGCCCAUCUUGAGAAAUCGCAAAACGGUUAUGCAUGCGACAUCUGCGGCAAAGUAUUCGUCGAGGAGGCAUCUCUGAAAAUACACAAGGGCUGGCAUAAUCGUGCCAACUCUCGUUUGAGCACACGAUAUAUAUUGAGCAAUCAGAAGACACCUGAUGAUGAGUUGCAAAUAGAGUCGGUCGGCGUCGAACCAGGCGAGAAUUCGGAACGACCAGCAAGAGCACGAAAAUCAUUCCCCAAUCCCCCGCUUCAAUCACCGACAACUUCAUCGGAGGGAAAUUUUCAGUGCCAAGUAUGCAAUGAUAAGUUCAACGAUGUCACGGAGCUGAGAAAUCAUCUAUGGGACGUACAUUGCGCCCGCAACAAGCCGGAGAAGAAUUUCUGCAACGAUGAACUCCAGUGCGAGCUCUGUACGAAUGUCUUUCCUGAUCGGGAGACCUUGGCAUCACACAUGCGGUGGCAUAAGGCCAAUCCGAUUCUCAGCGACAUACGAAAGACGUAUUCUUGCGAUGUGUGCUGUAAGUCUUACAGCUCGAAGAAGGUCUUGUGGAAGCACAAAAAGCUACACAAGGCUACGGUCGUGGCAUCGAUCAAGUUUCAAUCCUUAGCCAGGAAACCGAUGGCCAGUCAAUUUCUUUGCAACUUUUGUCGAAAGGUCUUCUCCAGCGGCCAAUCGUUACAACGGCAUAAGCUCAACUUUCAUAGUGAGCUGCAGAACCCGCAACGAACGCAGCAACAAUUGUACAAUAGCAAUCGUAAAUUAUCGUAUGAGGAUGAGCCGAGAACGAAGCGUAUGAAGCUCGAGAUCGAUGACGAUAAUCCGCCUAAAUUGCCGCCAUUUGCUAUGGAUUUUGCUGGCGAGAGGAGAAAGUCGGUCAUGUGCCACUUGUGUAAGAAGAUGUUCUCAAAUAUGAGCGUGCUGUACAAGCAUAAACAGACCGUGCAUAAACAUCGAGCAAGGAAGGAUUUGAUAUUUGAGUGCAUACCGAUGCCGACUCAAGACGGCAAGUACUCGUGCAACAUCUGCUUCAAGGAGUUCCCAGGCCUGUCAAAUCUGCGACAGCACUUUACGAUCAAGCACAAGAAAGGUUCGGAAUCCGGCCAUCCGUCGCCGAGCGGCGACACACUCUCCGAACGACCAACGAAGGAAUCUGAGUCGCCGGCCCAUAAAAGCAUCAUGUUCAGUUGCAAGCUCUGUAAACAGUGUCAUGUCUUCAAUAGGGAAGCGCUCAUGAAUCACAUCACCACUGUGCACAACGCGGUAUACCAAGCUGAUAGCAGGACGUUUCAUAGGGAGAUCAAUCUGGGCGCUUAUGUAGUGAAGGGUGCGAUCGGCGCUACGUGCCCACGAUGCAACGUCAAGUAUCCCAACAACCGGGCUCUAAAGAUACAUUACAUUAAGUUCCAUGAGAAUGCUGAUUAAACGAUUAUAGCCGUUGGAAAAUUGGAUUGGUGCCAGAUGGAAAGAAUUCUUCUCCAUAUCACGUAAUUGCGAAAAUAUUGACGGACCUUCUUCGUUCCUGGGAUCACGAUUCUUUCCGUAAAACGCUCUUGCGAUAUGUUCCUGAGACAGAAUCGAUCAAUCGUUUUUACGUAAAAGGAAUAUGAUUCACAUUUCACAUAAUUGGUAAUAAACUCGCGAUCAAUCGAAUCUUUGAUUUAUUAAUGUACAAAUCAAUAGGUCGCAAACGCUUAUACAUCCAUAAUUUCGACGUUUGCGAGAUGAUAUAAUGUGUACUAAAGAAAUACACGAAUACACUUUCUACAGGUUGUAUUGGUGUAUCAACAGAAGUUUUGUUAUUGCUUUGCACACGCGACAAUUACUUCCAUAAACGUGAACGAUUAACUCGUAGGUGAGAAUUUAGAACUUAUUUGUUACCUAUUUGAUACAGCAACUGUUGUAAUUUUUGCGACCAAUGAGAUGUGUAAAUAUCGAGGCGAUAGAGUAGAUAUUACAUGACUUGGUAAAAAAUACGUGCAGCCUCUCGGUGUAUUGUAGCUAUAAAUUGAUUACUGCAGCCAGGUAUAUAUUUACAUAGCAAUUUCUUAUAAAAUAGAAUUCGUGGAAUCCUUGGAAUUCCUCUUGCUAAGAAUUUGCGACUUUAAUGCUUUUAUUUUGCAAAAAAAAGAAAUAUAAUCUUAAUCUCCUCUUCCUUUUUCCUUAAAUCGUUUUUUUCAAUAGAUUUAUUUAUUAUGCUUCGUGAAAUUUUUUAUGCAACCUGGUUGCAGUAACAACGACGGAUAAUCGCCUUAGAGAUGUACUGCAAACAAUUGCUUAGAUUUUAAUUUACCUACGUUAUAGAUUAUAACAAUUAUUAUAUAUAGAAUGCAAAUAAAUAUCAUGAAUAUCUUGCUUA